CAGUAUUCCUUAUUGAAAGGAUUGGAAAUGCACGUUUUUCACCAAUUGAUCAAAUUUCUAUCAAAGUAAAUAUUUUUCCACUAGAACAUUUAACUGUUUCUUUUUACUAAUUGCUGAAGAAAAGUGAAAAGUUUUAUCAUAAUCGAAGAGGUUGAGGGGGUGCCUCGUGGAAAAAUUUCGCUUUUCUGGGUUUUGGUAAAAACUGGCCUAACUGGAUGUUUUUGGAAAGAAAAGAGAGCAUGAUAAAGAAAAUAACAUGAUAGUUAUGGUGUAACAACACUAAUAAAGCAAAUUGAUAUGUGAUAAGCGAGGGCAAAUUAAAAUAUUAUUUAAAUUUUGUGGGUGGCAAAGAAAAAUACACAGAGAUAUCAGGGAGUAUUGUUCCAAUUUUUGUGUGUGAGCCAAAAGACGCCAAUGUCUUCUUGGAGAGCACAUAUAAGAAGCCUAGGUUCUCAGCUCGUGACUUCAGUUGGUGUUUUGUGGAAUAAGAAUGCUAUAGUGUCUCGACCAGGAAAUGUGGAUUAUCGUUCUAUUUUGUGGUUGUCUCCUACCUUCUGUGCUGGGACAACAAAGCUACAACAAUAACCCUGUGAAUGUGGGAACAUCUCCCAUAGUUGUGUCAUCGCCCAACUAUGCGAAUUAUUAUUCUCCUGGGUCUCGCUGCUCCUGGCCAAUUACCACUUUCUCAGACUAUCGUAUCAGACUCACAUGCACAGUAGUUCAGGUUCCAAAUCAAAAUAACGGCUGCCCAUUGGACUACAUUUCUGUAUCACGCACGGGUAGAGCAGAUCAUGCCGAUGGAUAUAGAUAUUGCGGAACUGGUACUUUUGAAGAGUUCUCUGACUACAACCAGAUGAACAUUGCACUAUUCUCCCAGCUCAAUUCCCCUGGAGGUAGAUUCUACUGUACUGUAAGGGCUUUCUUUGAACCAUGCAACUGUGGACGCAGAAAGAGUACUCGCAUUGUUGGAGGGCAGAAUGCAGCCGUUAAUGAAUUCCCAAUGAUGGUAGCUAUAUAUGAUCUCAAUACAAGAACCAUCAUAUGUGGUGCAACGCUCAUCUCCGAGCAACGUGCCGUUACUGCUCAACAUUGCCUUGCCAAUCAGACUCCAGGCUCUAUUGUUCUUGUUGUUGGUGAACAUGAUAUUAGUGUUGGAUCAGAUACUCCUUACACAGCUGUCUACAAUGUAGAAUCUUUCGUUUGCUACACCGACUGCAACCUUAACACUAAUAAUCAAAAUGACAUCGCUCUGAUCAAGACAACAACUCCGAUCCAGAUGAAUCCCGGAGUAGGAAUCGCUUGUCUACCAUUCAAAUACAACACUAACACGGUAAGCCAGUUUUCCGGCUAUACAGUUGAGGCAGCCGGUUGGGGUACCACGGAAUUUAGCGGUCCGCGACCCAAUAUUCUACAAAAGGUUCAGCUGAAUGUUAUCUCCCAACCUCAAUGCCAGUCAGUUUUGGGCAGUGCAAUUAAUAAUAAUCACAUCUGCACUUUCACUACGAAUAAGGACACUUGCCAGUACGAUUCUGGCGGUGGCCUCUGGUGGACUGGACCAGAUAAUGGACGUCUCUAUGUUAUUGGGAUUAACAGCUUCGGAGUUGCAUGUGCAGAUAAUAGGACACCAUCAGUUGCCACCCGAGUAACUCAAUAUCUCAACUGGAUUAUGGUAAACUCCCCAGAAUCUAGAUACUGCAGCGUUUAAAACUCUUACAUAUAUUGAAAAAAAUAUAUAUUUUUGUUAUUCCCUAAUUACUGGGAGACACUGCUACUGAUGUUUUUCUUAUCAUCGGGAAAGAAAAUAAUCUUGUACAUGAAAUAUAUUUUUUGGUACUUAUA